AUGACGCCCAGUCCCCCAGAUGAAGCGCUUCACUUCCGCGGAAAGACCCUGACCCCGGAAAGUCCCCGACCGCUACAUAUCCCGGAGCCAGCCAAUAUCCCAGUCCUCGAGAAUCAAAUGGACCCCGUCUUCAACGAUACUUCCACAUACGACCGCCCCGAUUUCCCUCGGCCUCCCUUUCAAAAUUAUCACUCACAAGAUGGAUGGCCCAAUCUUCCUAUGGAGGCGGGGGUAGCUUCGGAAUUGGCCCGACACCCAGGUAGUUUGCAUGGUGCGCAGCCUAAGGAUUCUGCGAUGAUGAAUGAUAUCAGUGUUUCUGCUCCCGGUUUCUACUCUUCUACCUCAGCGGGCGUCGAUCAGGCUGGCAACACAAACCCUGGCCACCCUCUAGCGGACUCUAAUCCCUCCUAUGCGCCUCCGGCAGUCCCGGUCCACCAGGGCUUCGCCACAACGGGCAAUAUAGACAAUGCCGGCAACCCGGUAAAUUCAUCCGCUUUGCCAGGUCACCUAGAGGAGGAUCUAAAGGAAGAUGCAGCGGCAGCGGCAGCGCCAGUGGCAGGAGGAUCGGGAACAGGUUCAGGCUCGGCUGCUGCUGGUGUCAAUUUUCAAACUCUGCUGGACAAUCUCUCUCAUCCGUCCGCUACGGCGACCGCGCCUACAGGGGCUAUGCCCUCUCUAGUGGAGGAAGGCUCGUCGCUUCCCAAGGCAUCUACGGACGAGCCUCUCCAACCCGGGUUAUCAUCUUCACUGGACGCUCAGUCCGUGAACCUCCCGGCCCGCCCUCCCCUCCAAGACCCCUCCACCUAUCCCAACUACCCAUCCCAUGGUGAUCCUGCUUAUCACCAACUUUCCCCUGCCCAAAAUCCCGCCUACGCGACAGAAUCCAGUAACGAUGCCCUUCAAAACUUCCCCUCUAUGCCCUCCGGAGGUCCCCCUGGCACUGGCUCCGGUGUCGGCGCUCUCCCCCCUCCCCCCAUUGCCAGCUUCCAACAAGCCCAACAAACCACCCCUUCUUCGACCGCGGAUUCACAGACGUCUCAAGAGGGACUCUCGCAAACUCCCAAGAAAAGUCGUACCGAUAAACCAGCGGUGCGACCCGGCAAAGGAGCGGAUGAUGAUUCGCCCUGGGGGCCGGAAGUCCAAAAGAAAUAUGAUGAGUUCUUGCAUGAUGAGAGAAUAUAUGUGACUGAGGGUCUCUGGGAUCGGUUUCCAAUGGGUUCCAGGCUAUUUGUGGGGAACCUUCCCACCGAGCGGGUUACGAAGAGAGACAUGUUCCACCUAUUCCACAAAUACGGCAAAUUGGCGCAAAUCUCGAUCAAACAGGCUUACGGCUUUAUCCAAUUUCUCGAGUCCGACGCUUGCCACGCAGCAUUGCAGGUAGAACAAGGCGCCUUGGUCCGUGGGAGGAAGAUUCAUCUUGAGAUUUCCAAGCCACAGAGAUCGACCCGACCUGGCCCUGCAGAGCCGGUUCGUGCACCACCGCCCCGUCGCUCCCGAUCGCCAGAGUUCAGCCGAGCUGCCCCUGUCCGGAACAACGCUCGAGCCACUGGUGAUCGUUUUGAUCGUCCUCACGAACCGGCUCGACUCCCCUUUAGCGAUUUCCGGGACGAGCCCUCACACCGCAGGCGUGAUGACUAUCGACCACCGCGAUCACCUUCCCCUCGACCUCUUCGCCGAGAUGGAUAUCGGUCACGAGAUCGGACUCCUGAAAGGCUCGAUCGCCGUAGAAGAUCCCGGUCCCCGCGCUCUCCACGAUCCCCGUACGCCCGGGAUCGUCGGUAUCGCAGCCCAAGCCCCCGGCCCCGUGGCGUCUAUGAAGGAGAAGCCGAUCUCCCAGUUCCGAGACGGUCUCCACGAGACGUGCCAGAGGUCCAGGUCCUUGUUUUGGAAGAAGUGGACCGUAACUUCAUUCUUCACGUGGAAAAUGCUUUUCGCAAUCGCGGUUUGCGUGUAGACGUGCUUGUGCUUGGUCCUCGGAUUCCCCUCGGCGCUGCGGUUCACCGUCAAUACAUCGAAGGUGUUCUAGCAGUUGUUCGACUGUCGCGGCCAAACCAAUUCUCCCGCAAAAUUCCCCUUCAGAUAUUUGACCGAAGUGCCGGACCGGCCAACGUCCGCUUCAGCGACUACCCUGAAGUUGACCCUAAUAUCGCCGCCGAUGUCAUGUUUCACCAAGCCCAGGCGAUGCAGCGAGGCCCUGUUCCGGCUUCCUUUGCUCCUAAUCCGGCUUUCGGCGUCCCUCAGAUGCAGUCCAUGCCCAUGCCCAUGCCCAUGCCCAUGCCCAUGCCUCAGCCUCCUAUGCCCCAGCCAGGUUUGCCAACGCUCUCUAACCCACCCAAUAUUGCGAACUUGAUCAGUUCCCUGGAUGGACCCAGCCUUCAGUCUCUCUUGUCCGCUCUCCAGCGGCCGGGGCCACAGUCACAGCCUGGAUCGGCAGCGCAGUCGCCAUUCUCUUCUCCUAACCCCCCGCCCCCUGCCGACUUGGCCACAAUGCGAGCCGGCCUCCCCCGAUCCCCUCAACCCCCGCAACAACCUCUUCUCCAUCCACCUUUUGCCAUACACCCUCCCACUGCCCCUGUCGUCUCUGAUCCAAACCUUCUUGCUCUUCUUGCUAAAGGCCUCGGGGGCCAGCCACCACAGGGCCAGACACCUGUUGCUGCGAAUGUGCAAAAUCUCAUGAACCAAUUGCUUCAUCGAAAGCAAUGA